AUGGCUCUUACUGGCACUCCGGUGGUUAAUCGCUCCGCGGAUAUAUUUGGCAAAAAAGUCUACAAAAUUUUUCGAGUCCAAGAUUUUAAGAACGAGCAAGCACGCCGGGAAUUACAAGAAAAAAUCAGCCAACUUUCGGUCAACCGCCGCCAAAAAGAGCCGCUCGAAGUAUUAGCCAAUUUAAAAACGCUAACUCUCUAUCCGCCGGCCUUGAGUUUGCCUGGUUCAGGCAGUAAAAUCAAUUAUCUGGUUGAUUUUCUGAAAGAAAGAAAAGGACAAAAUAUAAUCAUUUUUUCCACUCGCAGCGAAACUUUUUUGGAGCCCUUGGCCGCUGCCUUAGCCGAGAAAAAAAUAACCACUGGACUUAUUAUUGGCAAAACUAAUUUUCAGGAAAGAGAAGAAAACAUUAACAAAUUUCAAAAUGGCACGCUCGAUAUUUUACUCUGUAAUAUCCAAAGUGCAGGCAUGGGACUGAAUCUGAGCCGAGCCGAAACCAUCAUUUUUGCCGACCGCAGUUAUUCUCCGGCUGAUAACGAACAAGCCGAAGCCCGUUUCUUGCCUACCACUAAUUCUGAACCUGGUCGGGUGCGUUUAGUAAUUGACCUUAUUUGCCAGGGAACCAUUGAUGAAAAGAUUCUCCAAUUACUCAAAAAAAAAGAGGAUAUAAUUAAGGUUCUCAAUACCAAUCCUGGUUAUUUUUUUAGUUAA